GUGUACACAGUGGCUUCUAAUUAUUGUGGGCAGAGUCGGAAAGAAGCUCAUCACAAGAAUACACAAUUGCACUGUAUUUAUUUUGUAUGUGUGUUCAACUUAAACAAAUAAAAACUGAAUUAGCGUAAUAGAUCGACAUAUAUUUCCAUUUUGGAUUUUAAAUCUACUGUUUUCUUCUUGGUCUCGAGGUGUGGCAAGGUUUUUUUUUUUUUUUUUUUUUUUUUUUUUUUAUUUAAACAUCAUUACCGUUUUUCUAAGGUGUCAGAUAUUGCAAAAAAAAGGCUUUGAAACUGGACGGAAAGCGGACAAAAGAGAGACAAUAAACCCACAUGGCUGCUGUUCCUGUCUCAUCAGUUCACUGUACCAGUUUUACUAACUGCGCAACGCCGUGCAGGAAGAAAAUUUGGAAGGAGGCCCGGUGAAUGCCCAUGGCAGCAGCAACCUCAGACCAUCCAUCCAGUGUGAGCUAGAACUCAGAGCCGUUCAUUAGAAUGAAGCGAGGCAGACUAAGCAUCAACCCUGAGAGUCAAGGUCUUUCUGCCUCGGAGAAAGGGAACAAGAAGCACAGAUCUGGUUCUGCCUCUUUCUUUAAGAGCAUGGCCUACAGGCAGAAUGCCACGGAAGACUGGGGGAACCUGCCUCAUCAUGUGGUGCUGCUGGUGUUCCAGCACUUGUCCCUGGUGGACCGCGCCCGGGCCUCCUCUGUGUGCAGGAGGUGGAACGAAGUCUUCCACAUCCCUGACCUCUGGAGGAGAUUUGAAUUCGAACUGAACCAGCCAGCCACUUCGUACCUGAAAUCCACUCACCCCGAGCUGAUCCAGCAGAUUAUAAAGAAGCACGCUCAACACCUGCAGUACGUCAGCUUCAAGGUGGAUAGUUGCACAGAAUCUGCUGAGGCUGCCUGUGACAUUCUUUCACAGUUGGUAAACUGCACAAUCAAGACACUGGGGCUGAUCUCCACAGCAAGACCUAGCUUCAUGAAUGUUGCAAAGUCCCAUUUUGUCUCUGCUCUCACUGUGGUGUUUGUGAACUCGAAAUCACUCUCGUCCAUAAAGAUUGAUGACACUCCUGUAGAUGAUCCGUCUCUAAAAGUGCUUGUCGCUAACAACAGCGAUACUCUUAAACUUCUCAAGAUGAGCAGCUGCCCUCAUGUUUCCCCUGCUGGGAUUCUGUGUGUGGCUGAUCAGUGUCACGGUCUUCGGGAACUCGCUUUGAAUUAUUACUUGCUGAGUGAUGAGCUGCUCUUGGCCCUGUCCACUGAGAAGCACGUGCUCCUGGAACACCUACGCAUUGAUGUUGUGAGCGAGAACCCUGGGCAGACCCAGUUCCACUCCAUCAAGAAGAGCAGCUGGGAUGCUUUGGUGCAGCACUCCCCCACGGUCAGCAUCGUCAUGUACUUCUACCUGUACGAGGAGGAGUUCGAGCCCUUCUUCCGCGAGGAAACCCCUGUGACGCACCUCUAUUUUGGGCAGGCUGUCAGCAAAGAGAUGCUUGGUCGCAUAGGACUGAACUGCCCCAGGUUGGUUGAGCUGGUAGUUUGCGCCAACGGCCUCCAGCCCUUGGAUGAUGAGCUCAUCCGUAUUGCUGAUCGCUGCAAGAAUCUGACAGCUAUCGGCCUCGGGGAAUGCGAGGUGACUUGCAGUGGCUUCCUUGAGUUUGUGAAGAGGUGUGGUGGACGGCUCAGCGAGCUGUCCAUAAUGGAGGAGGUGCUGAUUCCAGAUAGCAAGUACAGCAUGGAGCAGAUUCACUAUGAGGUUUCGAAACACCUGGGAAGGAUGUGGUUUCCAGACAUGAUGCCCACAUGGUAAACUGUUCAGACUGUACAUAACCACCCAACUGAGACG